GAAUAACAAUGGAUUCCAGAGCUAUUUCCACUGCCGUUCUUGUGAAUUUCCUCCUCUUAUCCGCCGCAUCGGCUUUCAAUAUCACUAAGCUCCUCAGCCAGUUCCCUGAUUUCACCAAUUUCAACGAUUUACUCACACAAACCAAACUCGCCGAUGAAAUUAACAGCCGCUUGACUCUCACCGUCCUUGGUCUCGACAACGGUGCCGUUUCUAGCCUCUCCGGCAAGCCAUUGGACGUCGUGAAGCGGAUCUUGAGCGUUCACGUUCUUCUUGACUACUACGAUACUAAGAAACUUGCAACAUUGGCGAGCGAUAAUACUUCCGUUCUCACCACUCUGUUUCAGACCACUGGCAUCGCCAUGAAUCAGCAAGGUUUUCUCAAGGUUACGCUGACUAAUGAAGGCGAGGUUGCGUUCGGUUCCGCUGUGAAAGGAGCACAGGCCGAGUCGAAAUUGUUGAGAUCUGUUGCUGCUCAGCCGUACAACAUCUCGGUUCUUCAGAUCACUUCUCCGAUUCAGGUUCCUGGAAUCGAUUCCAAGCCAAGCCACUCCACUCCACUAGCACCACCACCGAAGGCGUCUGCUCCGGUCCAAUCUCCUAAAAAGGCACCGGCUCCGGCCGCCAAGUCUCCAUCAAAGGCUGAUGCUCCGGCCGCCAAGUCUCCAUCAAAGGCACCGGCUCCUUACGCCAAGUCUCCAUCAAAGGCUGAUGCACCGGGCGCCAGGUCUCCAUCAAGGGCUCAUGCUCCGGGCGCCAGGUCUCCAUCAAGGGCUCAUGCUCCGGGCGCCAGGUCUCCAUCAAGGGCUCAAGCUCCGGGCGCUAGGUCUCCAUCAAGUGCUCAAGCUCCGGGCGCUAGGUCUCCAUCAAGUGCUCAAGCUCCGGGCGCUAGGUCUCCAUCAAGUGCUCAAGCUCCGGGCGCUAGGUCUCCAUCAAGUGCUCAUGCUCCAGGCCUGUCACCGAAGUCCGCUGCCGAUUCACCAGAGAGUUCUUCGCCAAAUCCCGCUGCCGAUUCACCGGCGAGCUCUCCGCCAAAGCCCGCUGCCGAUUCACCGGAUGCGACCGAUGACGACAAGUAUGAUGCGGCUGCACCAGGACCUAGCGAUGAUUCUGGCGCCUCAAGCGGUAGGUUCAUCGGAGCUGCAACAGUUCUGGCGGUGAUCUCGUCGUUUCUGGCUCUCUGAGCGCUCAAAGCCAGUGCGGUCAUACUUUGAAGAUUGAGUUGAAAGUUAUGAACUAAAUCAAUACUUCUGCAAUGAAAUCUCAAGAGAUUGUU